UGGCCCGGGACUUUUCGGGGUUGGGCAUGGAGCCGAUGCCCUACAACAUCCUCGAACCCAUCGCACUCAAGGAGGAGCCCUGGAUGGAGGAAGCUCAGAGUCUUCUAGAUCCUAACAACAUGCAGAUCUCUCCGAGUGAGGACAAGAUACCGGUGGUGGGUUCACCCGAGAGCCACAGUUCCAACGGAGAGGGCCUUUUCUUCUCGGACGGACAACGUAAAGUGGACUACGUUUUAGUUUUCCACCACAGGAGACAUGGCUCUAUACGCAUCUCCACCUCUACCACCCAUGACCAGGUCUCAGUGGUGUCCAAUGGGAACUUCCCCUCAUCUGUGAGCUCAGAAGGAGCAGAGAGGAGAGCCAUGGGGGUACCCGGGGGCCCUCCUGCCAGUGUGGGGGAAGUGCUGAUGGAGCUGGGGGCUGGAGGGAGCCAGGAGAGCAUCGAGCCUGUGGACCACGAGAUGAGACUGAUCAGGCAAGAGUUUGAGGCCAGUCUGAUGGAGGCGGGACUGGAGAUCGAGAGGGACAAAGAGGUAAAACCUCAUGGGCCCAGCUUCACACGGCUCCAUGCUCCAUGGCCGGUGCUGUGCAGAGAGGCGGAGUUCCUCAAAAUUAAAGUCCCAACAAAAACGAGCUAUGACCUGAAGGAGGAGAGUGGUUUCAGCACCAGUAUGAGCACCGUCUGGAGGAAACUCAACCAGCCGUUUCAGCCCAAAAUCCCACAUCCAGAGCACGGCCGCACCAAGCUUCUGUCCCACUGCUUCUCCAGGGACAAAUUGCACCUAUACAACAUCACAUCCAAAGACACAUUUUUUGACAAUUCCACAAGAGGUCGAAUAGUGUAUGAAAUCCUGAGAAGGACAGUGUGUGUGCGAACCUGCCAGACCAUAGGUAUUAGUUCUCUGAUUGCUAAAGGCGUGUAUGAUGCUGCCUUCCCUCUUCAUGAUGGUGAUUACAAGAUCAUAGGUCAUCUUGAGGAGCGGAACGACAGACAGGUCCUGCAUGAAGAGUGGGCCCGAUACUCUGCCUUCUACAAGUAUCAACCGAUCGAUCUAGUCAGAAAGUAUUUUGGGGAGAAGAUUGGCCUGUACUUUGCAUGGCUUGGCGUUUAUACUCAGCUGUUGAUACCAGCCUCCAUUGUGGGAAUAAUUGUGUUUGGAUACGGAGUGGCCACGCUGGACACAAACAUCCCCAGUUUGGAGAUGUGCGACGAGCGUCUGAACUUCACCAUGUGUCCUCUGUGUGACGGGGCGUGUGAUUAUUGGAGAUUGAGCACAGCCUGUGGAACGGCCAGAGCCUCGCACCUGUUCGAUAACCCUGCCACUGUGUUCUUCGCCAUCUUCAUGUCUCUGUGGGCCGUGCUGUUCCUGGAGCACUGGAAGAGACGUCAGAUCAGUUUGAGCUUCAGCUGGGAUCUAACAGGGAUCGAAGAUGAUGAGGAACAGCCUCGGCCAAAAUAUGAGAACAUUGUCCUUCAAAAGCGACAGAGGAAGCAACAGAAGAAAAAGAAGAAAAAGAAUGAGUCGGAGAAGCAGGAGGAUGGGACAGUAACAGGGAAGGACAGGUGGAGGCAGAAACUACUGUCUGCCAUGUCUUCUGGCAAACCGUCUGGGGUGGAGAAAUUGACCUGGAAAGAUCGUCUUCCUGGAUACUGCAUCAAUGUUUCAUCAAUCCUCUUCAUGUUUGGCCUGACAUUUUCGGCAGUUUUUGGCGUGAUCAUCUACAGAAUCACGGUGUCUGCUCUGAUGGCCAUGAGCUCAGACCCGGAGGUGAAGUCCAACGUCCGUGUUACCGUCACGGCAACAGCAGUCAUGAUAAACCUGGUGGUGAUCCUCAUCCUCGAUGAGAUCUACGGAGCAGUGGCCGUGAGGCUGACGGAACUUGAAAUCCCUAAAACCGAGACUAACUACGAGGAGCGUCUCAUUAUCAAAGCCUUUUUACUGAAGUUCAUGAAUGCUUACGCCCCCAUCUUCUAUGUAGCUUUCUUCAAGGGCAGAUUUGCUGGUCGACCUGGAAGUUAUGUCUAUGUUUUCAAUGACUAUCGAAUGGAAGAGUGCGCUCCUGGAGGCUGCCUGAUCGAGUUGUGCAUUCAGCUCAGUAUCAUCAUGUUGGGGAAACAGCUCAUUCAGAACAACAUUUUUGAGAUAGGGAUCCCUAAGCUGAAAAAGCUGGUGCGGACCCUGAGGGACAAAGGCAGUGUGGUGGAGCAGAAGCAGGAGGAGCGGAUGCCUCGACAGUGGACCCUGGACUACGCCCUGGCCCCAUUUGAGGGACUGACCCCAGAGUACAUGGAGAUGAUUAUCCAGUUUGGGUUUGUGUCCCUGUUUGUGGCGUCUUUCCCUCUGGCUCCUCUCUUCGCUCUGCUCAAUAAUGUCAUUGAGAUUCGUCUGGAUGCAAAGAAGUUUGUAACUGAACUCCGGCGACCAGUGGCAGCUCGAGCCAAGGAUAUCGGUGUUUGGUACAACAUAUUGAGUGGAAUGGGCAAGUUCUCUGUUAUCAUCAAUGCCUUUGUCAUCUCGUUCACCUCUGACUUCAUCCCGCGCCUGGUCUAUCAGUAUGUCUACAGUCCGACUGGGACCAUGCAUGGCUUCAUAGACCACACUCUGUCCUACUUCAACGUGUCCAACUUCAAACCAGGGACUGCUCCAGACAGCACUGACCACGGGGACAUCUAUGUGUGCAGGUAUAAAGAUUACAGAGAGCCUCCCUGGUCUCCUGAGGCCUAUCAGUUCUCCAAACACUACUGGUGUGUGCUGGCAGCCAGACUGGCCUUUGUCAUUCUGUUUCAGAACCUGGUGAUGUUCCUGAGCCUGGUCGUUGCCUGGGUGAUCCCUGAUGUCCCCAAAACCAUCGUGGAGCAGCUCAAACGUGAGAAGAAACUGUUGGUGGAUUUAUUUCUACAAGAGGAGAAGGAGAAGUUCCAACUGAUCCAGAGCCUAUUCAAUAAAGACAGCGCCAGCCUCCAAUCAUGCAGCGCCAUGCUCCAAUCGAGACAAGAACUCGCUCCUCUGGGCCGAUACAGCACCCUGCCCCCCCUCACCACCCAGGGCUCUUCCCGGGACGGCGAGGGGGUUCCCAGGGCACGAUGCAGGGCCGCUAGCUUCAGCCAGUUCAGCAGGAAGGCAGCCAAUAGUGAGAAUGACAAUGCCGUACACACCGCGGUUUAA